AUGGCACCUACACUGGAGAUCAAGGGUAUCCUUGUUGCCCUUAUCACCCCCUUUGCCGCCGAUGGCACUGUCGAUGCUGCUGCCCUUGACAAGCACGUCAACCGUCUGAUUGACGCUGGUGUCCACGGCAUUGUCCCUGGCGGCAGCACCGGCGAGUUCACGGCCUUGACAUCCCAAGAGCGUCAACUGGUCAUUGAACUCGUGGUCAAGGCAGCUGCUGGCCGCGUCCCUGUCAUUGCCGGCACUGGCGAUCUCACCACACAAGGCGCCAUUGAUCAUGCGAUUCACGCCGCCAAGGCUGGCGCCUCGGCGCUCAUGGUCGUGCCUCCAUUUUACGAGCCUCCCAACCUGACACAGCUUCGAACUCUCCUCAAGGAGAUCCACACCACUUCUGGUCUUCCCAUUCUCUACUAUAACAUUCCGUCCAUUAGCGGCGUGACCCUUUCACCUAAGGAACUGGCCGAUCUCUCAGAGGUCGGAGUCAAGUACAUGAAGGACACAUCAGGCGAUGCUCCUGCUCUUACGGAGCUUUUGCUUGCGCACAGUGACCGUAUCACCCCGUUCAAUGGAUACGACACUUUGACCUUCUAUGGACUGGCUGCCGGAGCUAAGGGUUCUGUUUGGGGAGCCACAAACUUCAUCCCCGAGCUCUCCGUCCAGCUGUGGAACGCCAUCGCCGUGGAACAUGACCUUCAGAAGGGCCAAGAGCUAUGGGCUCGUAUUUGGCCCGUCUGCAAGUGGCUGGAGUCGUAUGGGUACCCGGCUGCUGUCAAGACGGGCAUGGAGCUUCGAGGAUGGGCCACGGGUGGUGUCAGGAAGCCAUAUACCAUGGUAGAAGGGAAAGAUAAAGAGGAGCUAUUCAACAUUCUCAAUGUUAGUGGAGUGUUGUAA